AUGGAGAAAGAAGAGAUCAGUAAGAAGAAAGAUGGGCGAACAUUUAGCCCCUUACGCUUCAUGCAGGUAGCACUGGCGAUCACGUUGUUCUUCUCGAUAACGUAUAUGUACCAGUUUGUAACGGUAAGUAUCACUCUUCGUUCAGUAAAUGAUUCUGAAGACUCGAAAGACGUUGGGAUCGUGCGUAAUCGCGUGUUGGGUCACUCAAUACUGCAUCUUCAAGGUUUUGAAGCUGCACACAAGUUUGUAAGUGAUUAUGAUAUCGAACAAGGUCCUUUGUAUAUUUUAUUCAUGAGUGAUGCCGACGAAAAUGGCAAGUACUGGUGUCCAGACUGUGAACGUGCAAAAAAACCUGUAAUGGAUGCUUUUAAUCGUGCACCACGAGGGUCAAAACUUGUCGAAAUUCGUGUGGGUCCACAAUCAUAUUGGUCGGAUUACAUGAAUGAAUUUCGACAGAAUCAACUUUUUUAUUUGGAUCAUAUUCCGACUCUUAUGCGAUACGAAGGAGGUGGCAAUUCAUCGACAAUGCUAACGGAAUCAUUUUGUAACGAUCCAGAUCUGUUGGAUUAUGUUUUUCGAGUGAAUAAACCACUUGCUGGUAAGCCACAUGAGAACAAGGUGUUAACAAUGACAAGUCCAACUGAAGUGAUAAAUUAUGUGGGAACUUAUGACCAUAGUCAUCCUCUGUUUUUAUUCUUUGUAUCUGGAAAUCACGAUUUUAAUGGACGUUUGUGGUGUCCAUAUUGUGAUCGAGCGGAUGUGGCUGUGAUGCAUUAUUUUAACUAUACAGCAUUAGAUGAUGCUGUGCUGAUUCGAAUUGUCGUGUCGAAUUCCUACAAAGAAUGGAAGAAGAAUGAAAAUCCAUUUAAACAGCUUGAAUUCCGAGAAAAAGUGACGCUUUUACAGGGUGUUCCCUAUCUUGGAUUUGUGCGGAAGGACCUCCCUGCGAAUAAGGUCCAUGUGUUUCAAUUUAUGCCUGAUUAUGUCGAAACACAGAAAUUGUUGACGUUUUUUAAAAAUAGACCGAUUUAUUAUUGCAACUUAAUUUUUGGACAUGAUUUAGAAACGUUUUGCAAUUUGAUCAUGUAUGAUCGACGUCGUCAUAAUCAUAGCAAUGUGCGCGUGUGGCUCCAACGUAAUCUCUGGCUCGUUACAGCUUCAGUGCUAAUCGUGAUCUACUGCAUCUUUACUGUGUAUACAACUACAUGGAUGCAAAUUUAUAGCGAGCAAAAGGAAUCAAAGCAUCUUACUCAAGAGAGUCAUAACUUAAUGGAUGUCACGAAUGUUUUUAAAGACAAUAGCGACAACACUAUGGAAGAAAUGGCCAGCGAGAUCGAAUACGAAGAAGAAGAAGAUAGAAUGAAGAUAAUUGAUACGAAUGACAUCUCGUAUGUUCGUACGGUGGCAACAGUACCAGUUUCGAGAGCUGAAGUACCGUUUAAAGAUUUCAAUGUGGAAGAAGAACAUGAAAAAGUGAUUAGCGAUGUACCAACAUCGGAGGUUCAUGACGUGGUUAAAGUAUUGCCGAGUGAUGAAGGAUCAACGAAUGAAUCUGUGGUGCUAUUGGUGUCAGAAACAGAGACGAUUGAUAACCACUAUGAGUCUUGGAAUGACGUUGAUGAGUUGUCUGACGUUGUCAAUCAUCAUGCUCCUAUUUCUGAUACCAGCGCGUCUUCUUCUGAGUCGUUUACUAAUGCUAGUACACUGUAUUCUUCAUUACCAAUUGCUCGCAUCAGGCCAAUUGAAUAUCGCAAAACAUUUGAUAAGACUCGACUUAAAGUGGAAAUUUCCGAGCAAUCCGGUUCAUGGAUUCCAUUUGAAAAUCGACAUCAUAAAAUUGUUGGCUACAAUGCUACGUUGGAAUAUCUGCAAUACUACACAAAAGCUGCUGACUCAAAAGAAGAAUUAUUCUUGUUUUUUACAUGCAGUACACGCGAUGGUGAUCAAGAUGAUUGGAAUCCUAAUUGCGCUACAGCUCGUGAAAAGGUGUACUCGAUCUUUUCCAAGUCACCAUCAACGAAUCGUCUUGUGACUAUAUAUGCAGGCACUUACGAAGAUUGGAUGGAUGGAAACAACUUUACUUUCGAUGACGAUCUUCGUUUAAAAGCUGUUCCGACAUUAAUGCGAUGGGAUGGUGGUACUCCUGGAAGUUUACGGUCGACUUGGGGUGUAUUAGUGGAUGUAUCAAUUCUAUAUGAUCCGUUUGUUCGCUAUCUCUUUCGUAAUACUGAUAAAGAAGAUCAACUAUUAGUUAAACCAGAAGUCGAAAGCAAGGAGAUUAUAACCGUGCGAGGCUAUUCGUCGUACCGAGCGUACGUGGAUUCUUAUGUCACUAGUAACUUUUCCUAUCCGCUCUUCAUGAUGGUCUUAUCUGGUCGAUUGGAACAUAACAAUCGUCUCUGGUGUCCAUGGUGUCGACAAUCUGAAUUGCCUGUUAAGUAUGCAUUCUAUGCUUAUGCACCAGUUAAUGCCAAGCUGCUACUUAUCGAGACUUAUGACAAUCGUAGCGAAUGGCGAAACCCAGAUAAUGAGUUUAAAGUGGAUCCACAACUCGCAAUCAAAGGUGUUCCAUGGUUCUAUCGUGUCUCCUCUCGUACACUUGGCGAUCCACUCGUGUAUGAACAUAUUAAAAAGAAAUUCUAUCUCCUGGAAGCUUUGGAACAAGUAUUUGCACCACUUUAA